ACUCUGAGUUUGAAAAAAUACGGGUGAGGUCAUGGAAUGGCCAACGUGGAGUCACUGGUGCAGAGAUGCACAACCUUCUCUCACAUUAAGCAACUCCAAGCCCACCUCAUCACCACCGGCAAAUUCCAUUUCUGCCCCUCCCGCUCCAAACUCCUCGACCACUGCGCCAUCUCCCCCGCCGGCUCCCUUCCCUUCGCCGCCGCUGUCUUCCGCCAAAUUCCAAACCCAUCCACCAACGACUUCAAUGCCAUCAUCCGUGGCUUCGCUCAAAGCCCCGAACCUUCAGCAGCCAUUGCAUGGUACCGAACCAUGCGAUGCGGGUCUCAACGGGUGGACGCGCUGACCUGCUCCUUCACUCUCAAGGCUUGCGCUCGUGGGUUGGCUGCUUCCGAGUCAAUGCAGAUACAUUCGGAUGUUAUACGUUUUGGGUUCAUGGCCGAUGCUCUGUUGGGUACCACUUUGCUGGACGUGUAUGCCAAAGUUGCGGAUAUUGGUAGUGCGAGGAAGGUGUUUGAUGAAAUGGUACAGAGAGAUAUCGCCUCUUGGAAUGCGUUGAUUUUGGGGUUGGCUCAAGGGGACCAGGCUGGUGAAGCUAUAGCUUUGUUCAAGAAAAUGGAAACAGAAGGGUUGAGGCCUAAUGAGAUUACGGUACUCGGUGCACUCUCGGCCUGUUCGCAUCUGGGUGCUAUUAAAGAAGGUGAAAGAAUUCAUAGGUAUAUAAGAACUCAGAAGUUGGAUUUGAACGUUCAGGUUUGCAAUGCAGUUAUAGAUUUGUAUGCAAAAUGUGGAUUUGUGGAUAAGGCAUAUGAAGUCUUCAAUGGCAUCAUUUGUAAACAGAAUGUUGUUACGUGGAAUACUAUGAUCAUGGGAUUUGCGAUGCAUGGAGAUGGUAAUAAAGCCCUUGAGCUUUUUGAGGAGAUGGAUCGGGCUGGGGUGCGGCCCGAUGCUGUGUCUUAUCUAUCCUUGCUGUGUGCUUGUAAUCAUGCUGGCCUUGUGGAGGAUGGGAUGAGGUUGUUUAACUCCAUGGAGAGGCAUGGAGUCAAACCAAAUGUUAAGCACUAUGGAACUCUGGUUGAUUUGUUGGGCAGAGCUGGGCAGGUCAAGAAGGCUUAUAAUAUCAUCAAUUCAAUGCCAAUGGAGCCUGAUCUGGUGCUCUGGCAGAGUUUGCUUGGGGCUUGCCAGAUUUACAAGGAUGUGGAGAUGGCAGAGAUGGUGUCGAGUAGGCUGGUAGAGAUGGGGUCUCGUAGUUGUGGGGAUUUUGUGUUGCUGUCCAAUAUUUAUGCAGCGCACAAAAGAUGGGGUGACGUGGGAAAGGUGAGGGAUGCCAUGAAGAACAGGAAUGUAAAGAAGGUGCCUGGUUUUAGCUACAUUGAGGUGGAUGGCACGAUACACAAGUUUUUCACAGACGACAAAAGCAAUACGAGAUGGAGAGAGAUUUCUGAAAAGUUGAAUGAGAUUAGGUUCAAGAUUAAAGAGCUUGGGUAUGUGGCUGAAACUAGUUUUGUUUUUCAUGACAUAGGAGAGGAGGAGAAGGAGAAUCAAUUGUGUUAUCAUAGUGAGAAGCUGGCCGUGGCAUUUGGUUUGAUUAGUACCGGUGAUAGAACUCCAAUACAAGUGAUUAAGAAUCUAAGGAUAUGUGGGGAUUGUCAUACUGUGAUUAAGCUCAUAUCUAAGAUCUAUGACAGGGAAAUUAUCGUUAGGGAUCGGAUUCGGUUUCACAGAUUUCAAGAAGGUUCUUGUUCUUGUAGAGAUUACUGGUGACUGAUCUGUUCCUCAAAUAGCACAUUCAAGAAACAAAAUCCUUUAUUCAUCAUCAUCUAAUACAUCACACUGUUAUUC